AUGCCUCUGGGAACGUUCCUCCUUCCUGUUCUCUGUUUCUUGGGAACAGCGAUUCCACGGGGACUGCAGUAUGUCACAUUCUCACACAACGCUACGAAAUUCCUCCACCUGUCUAUGGACUUGGAAUCUGGGACCAUCUACUUGGGGGCCACCAACUUUCUCUUUCAGCUGACAUCUGACCUGCUGAUGAAGAACAUGGUUCAGACUGGACCAGUUCUGGACAGCAAAGAUUGCCUCCCCCCGGUCUCAAAGCUGGAGUGCCCUCAGGCACACCACACCGACAAUCACAACAAGCUGCUGCUAGUGAACGCAGUGCAGAAGGAACUCAUCGUGUGUGGCAGCGUGCACCAGGGAAUCUGUGAGAAGAGGAGCCUUGCAUCCAUUGACCAUGUCCUCUUCCGACCAGAGAGCCCCGGUGACACUCAGUACGUUGCUGCCAAUGAUCCCAAUAUCACCACUGUAGGACUCAUAGCCUACUCAAAGGAUGAGGUCCCCUUGCUAUUUGUGGGACGAGGGUACACCAGCAGAGGAGUUGGAGGAGGGAUUCCUCCCAUCACUACCCGAAAUCUCAGGGCCCACGGAGGGGAUGUUCAAGCAACAGACUCUCACUCCAUUUUCUCCUAUGAAGAAACAGCAAAGCUGGCUGUGGGCCGGCUCUCCGAGUACAACCACCAUUUCAUUAAAUCCUUUACUUAUCGCUCAAGCGUCUAUUUCUUAUUCUACCGUCGAGACCUCAAGUCUCAAUCACGUGAGUACAAGACCUACAUCUCGCGAAUCUGCCUGGAUGACUCUCAUUAUUACUCAUAUGUGGAGUUACCUCUGCUCUGCCAGAGCAAAGCCAAUACAUACAGCCUCCUGCAAGCAGCCUACGUCACCCGACCGGGAAAAGGCCUGGCCCAGGGGCAGCUGGACACUGAGGGAGAAGUGCUGUUUGCAGCCUUCUCUGCCUGGCAGGCUUCUUCUGGUAAACUGAGUGAGGAGUCUGCGCUCUGUCUCUAUGCAAUGGAGGAGGUGGAUCGCCUGACCAACUGGACUAGGGAUGUUUGCUACAUGAGAGAUGGAAAAUCAGAAGAAGGGACCGAAGUCGCAUAUAUUGAAUACGAUGUCAGUUCCAACUGUGUCCAGCUGCCAGCGGACACCCUGUAUGCAUACCCCUGUGGCUCUGACCACACUCCCAGCCCUAUGGCCAGCCGGAUACCCUUGGAAGCGGCCCCCCUCCUGGAGAAAACAGCAGCUCGUCUGACAGCAGUGGCAGUGCAUGUGGAAGAUGGCCACACCAUUGCUUUUCUGGGAGACAGCAGAGGGAGACUGCACAAGGUGUACUUAGGAGCAAUGGGAGAUGCACACGUAUACGCUUCUUUAGCUAUCCAGUUAAAUAGCAUGGUGAGUGGAGACCUGCUGUUUGACCAGUUGCAGGAGCACCUCUUUGUCAUGACCCAGUCAAUGGUGGUAAAGGUUCCCAUACUGGAAUGUUCCCUGUACUUGGACUGUGAAUCCUGUUUGGCGCUGAAAGAUCCCUACUGUGGCUGGUGUGUCCUUCAGGGACGGUGCAGCCGUCGCUCUGAGUGCUUGCGUUCCAGGUUGAGUGAGCAGUGGCUCUGGAGCUUUAACUCUACACAGCAGUGUCUGUCUGUCCAGUCACUAACUCCAGCCAAUAUCAGCAGAGAGGAAAAGAGAAAUAUAUUCCUGGCUAUCUCGGAUUUACCCUCUCUGCGUGAGGAAGAAUUUUACUCAUGUUACUUUGAAGAUUAUGAAAGCCCAGCAGUUCUGACAGAAUCGGGAAUCAUGUGUACUUCUCCAGAUCCCAUCCAAGCACCGGCUUUGCCAACAGGAGCAGAUCAUGUCACCAUAAAGCUCGUAGUGCGUUUCCAUGACAUCUUCAUUGCUUCUGUGGACUUCUCUUUCUAUGACUGUGCUGCAGUGGCCCUGCUGUGGAAAUCGGCACCGUGCCAAAAGUGUGUGAGCAGUCUCUGGGGAUGUAACUGGUGCAUUCAGCAGCAUCUCUGCACCCACAAAGCAGCCUGUGAGGAAGGAACCAUUAUCUACAAUGAAAAGGCCCAGAUCCCAACCUCAAGUGUGUUUCCUUCUUCAGCAGCUCCCCUCACCAAGUCCUCUACCACAGCCCCAACUAUGGCCACAAAACCCAUCACUCCCCUGAUGCGUGUGGUACCAAGCACUGUGCCCCCCACAGAGCCCAACCACAUCACGCUCUCCGCAGCCUCAGAUAUGAUGACUGAGCCUACCGAAACCCUCAGCUAUACAUAUUUGACUCUCUCAACCGAAGCAGCCUCUCUCCAAGCCAUCACAGAAUCCCCUCUACCACCACCAGCAGACAAACCUGCUGUCACUGUGCCAGAGACAACUUCUCCUGCUGCAUCUGUCCUUACCAGCCCAUCCAAAAACAUGGAUCACGCAUCCUUGCCCACUGAAGGGGCAGCCACUGCCCAGGAACCACGGCACACCGACCCACCCACCACCCUAGUGGGUAGCCCUCUGCACACGUCUGCAGCAGCAGUAACACCUUCUCCUCAUGUCACCAGUUUCAAGUGGCCUCAGAGUUCUUUUCCUACCACAGAGGCACUGACAUCUGCCAUCCUAUCUCCCCAAACCCCCAGCCAGGUGCCGGGAGGACCUGCUGCCUCUGAUGACUCUCCCAGCUUGCUGGGAACUGAACUACCAGCUUCAGAGCUCCCACCGUCAGCUCCCCCAGACUGGCUGCUGGAGGAAGGCACAGAGCUCCAAGAUACAGAGGACUGGAUGGAUUUGCUGCAGGCUGAGAAUGACACAUCUCCCUUCUCUGCUUCUACUCUUCUGUCGGGUGAUGGUGAUUCUUCAGAGAGGGAUGUCCCUGACUUUCCCAGGAUCCUUCACCCUGACCUGGACUAUCAGUAUGAUGCCCCUGAGUUUUGGGAGGAGAAUGAAGAACUUAGCUGGGGUCCAGAUGCAUGUCCCUGUGUGCAGGGAAUCCAGGGAUCUUCGCUGUUUCCAGUCAACGUGGCAAGAAAGAUAACCCUGCUGGGAAAGAACUUCCACCUCUAUCAG